AUGGAUAACACCCUCCAAACCUCGGCUGUAGCAAUAAUGGAAGUUGGGACCACGUUGUCUACUUUCCUGUUUGGAAUCUCAUCGUUGCAGGUGACCAAAAUCACCAUUUACACGCUUCUGUAUACUGAACGAGAGCCAUCAUUGAAGGCUUAUACUUACUAUCUGAGAUUCCCGAAGGAUCGACCACGACUAAAAACACUGGCUAGUGUCUGGGCUAUGGAACUCGGACAUAUGGUCGCAAUUCUUCACUACUUCUAUACAUUGUCUAUCUUUCAAUUUGGCCGCAUUGACUUCAUGGAGCAGCGGGCCCCUCCGAGUCUGUCCGUGGCUGCUUUCUUAGACGGAUUCCUUGCUGUCUUAGUCUCGGGUUUCUUCAUACACCGUGUGCAGAAGUUAACUGGGAACAAUGCUUUGGUGGCCUUCUGUAUCUUACUCUCUUUCCUGCGGUUGGUGGGAGUCAUAGCCAUUGCUACAGUGGGCUCGUUACAAACCCAGAACGAAUUUCUGGCUCAGAGGAAGUGGAUGGUAAUCACUACUGCAUCCAUCGGGGCUGCAAACGAUAUCCUUAUCGCGGGUGCACUGUCUUUUAAUCUAUAUCACAGAAAGAAAGAUCAUGCGGACAUCUCCGUCUCUGAGAGAACACUCAAACUCCUCGAUAAGUUGAUCGUCGAUACACUUAGAACGGGCUUGUCUAGUGUGCUCAGCGCGUCCCUUGCACUUUUUCUCAUAUUCAUGACUGACAAUCUUGUCUGGAUUGCUAUAUUUGUAUGCCAAGCAAGAGCGUUUACAAAUUCUUUUUUCGGAACGCUCAACGGUAGAGCAAGUUUUCGGUCGUCACGUCUUGCUAUUCGAAAGAGUAACCCACUGCAUUCUAUCCAUUUUGCAAACACCGUAGCGAGUAGUAGCCAAAGCGCAAGUGCUCGACUAACCUUCCUGUCUACUGUCCCCGAAGACAAUCACGUCAGUCGUGGCCGCGCAAAUACCUUCAAUGGCAGCCGAGCAUAG